UAUAAGAAAAUAAAUUUGUAGGUAGCUAAUGUUUACUUGCCUAAAAGACACUCAGAUAAACAUAACACAUUUUUUUGUCCAGUCUCUCAUACAAUGUCGCAUAAUUUUUUUUUAAAAUUUUGUUACACUUCUGCGUAAAUUUGACUACGAUAAUCGCAAAAUGAAAAAAUCUUUUGAUCGCGGAUCGGUUCGAAAUAUUGACUGGUGUUUAAAAAGUGUCGGUAUCAAUGUACGACAAACGAAAAUCUCGAUAAAUAAAUUUUAUCAAUUCGUCGCUAUUUCACCAACAAUAACAGCUUUAAUACUAAUAUCAUUAUACAUAAUCAAGAACCUGAAGCAAGCCAAUGAUGCUGUAAUUGCAGCUGCAUAUGUACAAGGAACAGUCACCAUGUUAGCGUCGAUUUACAUUUUUACGCGAAAUAGGCAUAAAAUUUACGAAAUUUUAACAUUGAUGGAUGGAAAAUUCUACAAGUAUCCGGAUGAAAAACAAAUAUUGGUAGAAUUUCCCGAAUUCUUGAGAGAGGAAAAUAGUCUUAAGAUUUCCGUAUUGAUCGUAGGGUAUGAAUUUUUUGGAUUUUCUCUCGCAUUGGUUUCACCCAUAUUCGCAUAUUUGCUCACCGGAGUUUACGAAACAACGUCGAUCUAUCCAGCUUGGUAUCCGUGGGGUGAAAACGGAACCUUGAUUCAAAUCACCAACACCUGUAUACAAUUUUCAGGAUGUGUAACAGGUUUUUGGAUUUUUUACAUCGAUCAAAUAUUGAUAGCAUCCAUUACGAUUGAACUGAUGCGCCAGUAUCGACGACUCGGUGCAGCCUUAUCAAAUAUUCAAAGUCGAACUGGAACUGCGGUGAUGAAAAGUAUGAGAUGUAAUUCGGUCAAUUUCGUUGGAUACUCCUGCUCAUUUGAAAGCAAAUAUAGCGACGUGUUUCGUGAAAAUAUUCGACACUGCAUUAUGCAUUACCAAAGAUUGUGGAAGUUGUUCGAUUUGUUCGAGCCGUGGUUUUCGAUAUUUUAUUCGAUAGAACUGAGCUUAGCGAUGGCUACGUUGGCCUUGGUUUUUUAUAAUUUACUCACGGCAUGGAACCCUUCAAUGUUACUCAGUGUUAUCGGAUCUGCACUUAAUGUUUUGGGGAAUCUGUUCAGCAGAUGCAUUAUAGGAGAAAUAUUCGCCGAAAUGAAUACAGGAAUCAAAAAUACCAUUUUUUACGAAAUUAAUUGGUGGGAAUUAUCAACUGAUAACAGAAAUUUACUGAUUUUAUUGCACCAGAUGAGCACACGUAUCUAUACUCUGAAGGCAUGUUCCAUCUACACCGCAUCGUACUACACGUUUUCACAAUUAUUAAGAGUUUCGUAUUCAUUUGUCAACAUUAUACGUACAUCUUUGAUUAAAAAAUAA